AUGCCGGAUUCAAAAUUAUACGAUAUACUGGGAAUAUCAAGAAAUGCAAAUGACAAUGAAAUAAAAAAAGCUUAUCACAAAGCUGCUAAAUUACAUCAUCCAGACAAAAAUCCAGCUGAUACUGAAAAGUUCAAAGAAAUUAGUUUUGCCUACGACGUUUUAUCAGAUCCAACCAAGAAACGUACAUACGAUAUGUACGGAUUGGAAGGUUUAAAAGAAGGUGGCGGUGGCGGUGGAGGAAAUUUCUCUGAUAUUUUUAGUUCUUUCUUUGGUGGAGAACAUGCUUCGCCGUUCGGAAAUAUCUUUGGUGGCAACAUGUUUUCACACGGUGGUGGCGGACGACAAAACCGAAGACGUCGAGGAGAAGAUGUUGGUCAUCCAUUAAAAGUGACACUCGAACAAAUGUAUAAUGGUGAUACAAGAACGCUUGAAAUCAGUCGAAAGAUCAUUUGUAGUCAAUGUAAUGGAGCUGGCGGACGUGAAGGUGCCAAGCAAUCUUGUGCAACAUGUCAUGGUCAUGGUGUGCAGUUUAUCACAAGACAAAUUGGACCAAAUAUGAUGCAACGUAUGCAGCAAGUUUGUAAAGAUUGUAGUGGUGAAGGAGAAAUAAUUAACGAAAAAGAUCGCUGUAAAAUGUGUAAUGGAAAAAAAGUUGUUGAUCAAAAGAAAAAAUUAGAAAUUGUCAUUUCACCGGGUAGCAAACAUGAACAACAAAUAAAAUUUCCUGGCGAAAGUGAUCAAGCGCCUAAUAUGGAUCCUGGAGAUGUGAUAAUCGUUUUGCAACAAGAACCACAUGCACAAUUUCAACGUAGUGGCGAUAAUUUAGUUAUGAAACAUAAAAUUAAUCUUGUCGAAUCAUUGUGCGGAUUUCAAUUUGUAAUCACACACUUAGAUGGACGAAAAAUUGUUUUGAAACAUCCACCCAAUAAUCCUAUUGCACCUGAUACAUAUCGGUGUAUAAAAAAUGAAGGAAUGAUCAAUAUGAGAACACGUGAACAUGGCGAUUUAAUUAUACAAUUUGAAGUUGAAUUUCCACAUGAAAAAUUUCUAACCGAUCCAGCAGCACUCAAACAACUUGAAUCCAUUCUUCCACCAAAAACAAAAGUUACAAUUCCUGAAGGUGAACAUGUUGAAGAAGCUCAUAUGAUCGAUUUUCACUCAACAAAAUCCGCCCAUGAAGGAGGUAAUCGUAGUGGACGCGAAGCAUAUGAAGGUGACUCAGAUGAUGAAGGAGGUAUGCAUGGGCCUGGUGUACACACAUAUUGUUACGAUUUUUUCUUCUUGAUCAUGCUAAGUGACAGUGAAGAUGUUGAGUUUGGUGAUGCAAAUCAAAGUGCAAAAAAUUUGGCAUCAUUAUUUCGUGGUGAUGCUUCUGGAAUAACUCCUGUGACCUAUGUAGCACCAAAGCAACCAAAAAAAGAUGCUCCACCAAAAGUGGUUAUAGCCCAGGGCGUUACGGCUUAUUUAUCAGGAGUUGAUGGUAAAUGGAUUCCUCGGGGAAAAAUGGGUGUUGCGUUAUUAUCCACCGAGAAUACAAUUUAUCAAAUUAUUUUGUAUUUGAGUAAAACUCAACAAAUAACUACAGCAAGAAUUACACCAAAUUUUAUAUUGACCCCUCAAGCCAACAACUAUCUUGCAUUUCAAGAUGAUGGUGGUCAACACUGGACAAUUAUGUUUGAUUCAAAAUCAUUUUUUGUCAAUUUUGUCUUACAAGUUAUUGUUGCAAAAGCGAAUUUGUUAAUGUUUAAAUUUGAUAAAAUACUUUAUCAAGAUCUUAAAGAAGGUGAAGGAUCGGUACUAAUUGAUGGUGAUAGUGUUGAAAUAAAUAUGACAGCAUAUAAAUUGGAUAAUGGAAAUUUAACUGAGCCAAUAAAUAAAACAACAGACAAUGAUAAACCGCCCCGUUUGAAAAUUGGUAAAGCUCAAAUUUCAAAGGGACUAGACGACACUUUAAAAGGAAUGAAAAAAGGUGGUCAUCGCUUAUCGAUUAUUCCUCCGUCAUCGCAGAUUAAUUCGGUUAUUGUGUACGAUAUUGAAGUUAUUCGGGUUAAACGAGAGAAAGAGAUGCAUUCAACUUCAGUAUCUUCUAAUACUCCGUCACAACAUGCUGAUGAUUUACCGUCCAUUUCGAAUAUUGAUACACAUUCUCGAUCUUCUACCUUUGAUAAUACUGUCUUACCAAAUGUUAUUGAAAGAAAACGAACAUUUACAGAUGAUGCUCCGUCUGUCAUCAGUGUCGAGACAACAGAAAAAAAUAAAAUGUUAGAACGUAUGGUUAGAAUGGGUGGUACGUCUGUUCUUCCGGGUAUGAAUGCAUUUGUUUCUCCCGCAAAAAUAUCACACGAUAUUGCUGAAAUUGACGAUGAAUUGAUCGAAACACCUACAACUUCAAACAUACAUCAACAAAAAUUUAAUCAACAACAACAAAUGUUACCACAAUUUGUUCCUCCAGUUUACAUGUCUUCACAACAACCGCAUUAUUCUUCGACAGCUAAACAACAAGCACAUCCAUCAGCAUUUGUCGAAACAAUAUCACCGCAUCCUCAACAAACGCAUGUCCCCGAUUAUCAGAGUAGACCUGGUUCACAUUCCAUUGCACCUAUAGACAAUUCAUAUACAUCAACAAAUUUUAUUAUUAAUGAAACUCGUCAUCAAAAUGCCGAAAUACGUUUAUCUUUAAAUAAAAUUGGUGAAAAAGUUGAUUUAAUAAACGAAAAGAUGGAUACUUCUCGUUCUGGUCUAUUUUCAUCAUCUCAAAUACAUCCUACAAUGGAAACAAGUAUUUUAUUAUAUAAUAUUCAGCGUAUAGUCAAGGAAAAUGAAACAAUGAAAAAAGAUUUAUUUGAACGUAGUUCAAAAAUUGAAGAUUUAAAUCAAAAAAUAUCAGAAUUAUUAGAGCGAAAUCAAAAAUUAAUUGAGCAAAGUCAUCACACUUUAGAACAACGAAAUGAUGUUGUCAAUAAUGUUUCAGAACAAACAGCACAAAAAAUUCUUGAUUUAGAAAAACAAAAAGUUGAAUUAACAAAUAACUUGGCAACAUCAACAAGUAGAAUAUCAGACAUUCAAUUACAAUUGAAUCAAAAACAACAAGAUUUAAAUGAAUCAACAAAUAAAAUUACAACAAUGUUAAGAACAAUUGAUAAUCAAAAAGAUGAAAUACAAAAAUUGGAUAGUCAACGAUCAGAAUUACAAAUUAAAUAUGAUUCGUCUCAAGAUACUUUAAAAAAUGAAAAAUUAAGUAAAAAACAAUUACAAGCAAAAAUAACAAGUUUAGAAGAUGAAUUAGCUGAAAUGAAAGUGUCGUAUAACACCAUGGAACGGUCAACAUCGGAUAGGAAAAUAAAACAUGAAACAGAACGAAAACGUCUUCAGGAUGAAAUCGAUGAAUUAAAAAUAUUACAUGAAAAUGAAGUUGAAGAUUUGAGAAAUAAAUUAAGAAGGCAACGAACUGUUGAUAGUGUAACAACAACGCAAGAAAUUUCUCGAAUCGAACAAGAUCUGAUUCGUGAAUGGCAAGAAAAAUUAGAUCGUCAACAAAUACAACAUGAACGUUCAUUGAGUAUAAAAACGAAAGAAUUGGAUGAAUUAAAACAUCUAUUAGAAGAAAAUGAUGAAAAAUUUCAAACAUCUCAUAAAGAAAUAACUGAAUUAAAAGAACAAGUUGAACUUUAUGAAGAUAAGUGUGAAAAACUUCAAGAACGUAUGAUAUUGAUGAAAGAAAAAUAUGUAGAAAUGAAGGAUGAGCAACAACAAGUAGUCUCUGAACAAGUAAAACGAAUUGUUAAUAUAAUAUUUCAAAAAAUGAAGUUAAAAAUAAAAUUAGAUAAAUCAUAUACCGGUGAAAACGUUCUCAAACGUUCACUUGACAUUAUUAAAAAAUCAACAGUAAAAUUGUUAUCAGGCGAGGAUGAAAUACAAUCAUCACCGAGUGAAGAAGAAGAAGAAGAAGAAGAGGAAGAAAACAAUCAUCAAAAUCAACAGUCUGUAAAUCAAGAAAUAGCACUAACAACACCAUUAGACAAUACAAUGGUAAUGAUAAUGAAUGAGAAUAAUCAAACAAAGGUGAAAACAGAUGAGCAUCAUUUAAAUGAAGAAAAUGAACAAACUUUAUCGCCAAAAAAUGGUCAGGUUGAUCAUACAGUAUUGUCUGAUGCUAUUGAAACUGAAUAUCAACAAGAACAACCAAUAAAAACAGAAACUGCUGAAGAGAUUAUUAAUACAAAUGACGAACAACAAACUACAAGUAAUUAUAAUCAAAAUGGAUGGGAUACAGUUGAGGAAUUUCAAAAAACUGAAACAACAUCAUUAGAAAAGGGGAUAGAACAAGAAGUAGAAGAAUAUCAACAACAGCAACAACAACAGCAAAAUGAAGUUGGAGAUGUAGAUAUGCAACAAGCUGACGAAAAUGAGUCAAUUACCAACAGUGUUGAGGUUGUUCAACCGGUUAGCACUGAUGAAACAUUAUAUGAUCAGCCUAACACUAAUUUGGUUGAGAAUACCUUAGCAAUAGACAACGAACACAGGGAGGAGGAAAAUAAUGAACAAAAAACGGAUAUCGAUGAAUUGUCAAUUCCUCAACAAUCUAGUAAUGAAAAUCGAUUAAGUGACAGUGAAGAAGAUGUGGAUGAUUCUGAAUUAUUUUCAUCAGCACGUCCGUCUAUACAAGAUAGUACAGCUGCAAGAUCAACACCUAUCGACGAAUCAUUAAUAAGAGUUUCUUCCACACAAUCACUACCAAAUCCUGCAUCUCGAACUAGUCUCAAUCCAGUUGUUGACUCGAUUCCACCGAUGAACGAUGACGAUGAAGAGGAGGACGAUUUGUUCAAAUAA